AUGGGUUUUACGUCCUUUGUGAAUAAUUCUGAUGUAGGUGGAAAAAUUUGGUUGUUUUGGGCGGAUGAUUUGGAGUUUGAGAUGAGUUCGUGUUCAGAUCAAGCUAUUUCCGGGUGGUUCUCGUAUGGGUCGGCUCGGAUUUUAUGUUCGUUUGUUUAUGCUAGUUGUUUUCGGGAGAAAAGAGUGGAAUUAUGGGAUUAUCUCAGGCUACAAGAUCCUCAUGGGUUUCCUUGGCUCAUUGGGGGUGAUUUUAAUAUUAUUCGAGCUGAUGCUGAAAAGAUUGGGGGUGUUUUUAAGGCUCCUCGGGCUAAAGCUGAUUUUAACAGAUGGAUAAAUGAUUGUGCUCUAAUUGAUCCUCCACGUAAAGGAAAUCAAUUAUCUUGGUGUAAUGGUAGGAUUGGUGGAAGGCGUAUUUGGGCUCGAUUGGAUCGUAUUUUGGUUAAUUUACAAUUCAUUAAUUUAUUUGAGGGGUCGAGUUAUAGAUAUCUACCGAGGUCGUCUUCAGAUCAUGCUCCUAUGUUGUUUGAUUUGUUUAUGAAAAACCAACAUAUUAUGAAGCCAUUUAGAUUUCUGAGAAUGUGGGGAUCCCAUGAGGGGUUUUUGCCUUUGGUGAGACAGUGUUGGGAGGGAGAUGUGGAUGGAUGUGCUAUGGUUCGGAUUAAAAUAAAAUUGAAAAGGCUAAAAGGUGAGUUGGUGAAGUGGAAUAGAGAAGUUUUUGGUCGAGUAGAGAUUGAAAUUUAUAAACUUGAAGACCGUAUAGUGUGCCUUGAGGAAGAGUUAGUAAGAAAUUUUUCUACUCAGGUGGAAAAUGAGUUGUUACAUGCGAAACAAACACAUUUGCAUUGGGUUCAUCGGGAGGAGACUUUGGCUUGUCAGAAGUCACGUAUAAAAUGGUUGGUUGAAGGCGAUUCUAACUCCAAGUUUUUUCAUGCUGCGAUGAGGGUAAAAAAAAAAAAAUAA